GGCAGGAGCAACCUCGUCCAGGAAGCCAUCGCUGCAGCAGCAUGCCUGUCUACUUGAUCUACUUUGUGCAUCGGUACUUGGACUUUCGGCUGCCCGAGCUCGACGCAGUCCUGGGGCUCGCUGGUGUCGACGACGUCCGCGCCUGCUACGACGCGCCGACGACCGACUCGCCGUUCCUCCUCCUCCACCUCCCGUCCGACGACGUGGCGAAGCUCGUCGCCGCCCGCUGCGUGCUCAUCAAGGGCAUCUACGCGUACAUCACGCACGCCGAGGGCGCGAGCGAUUUGUACGACAGCCUGCGCGCCAAGAUUGCCGCGCUAUCGGCGGCCGACCGCGCGAGCGCGCAGCUCCACGACGAGACGACGUGGAGCCUCCAAGUCGACUGCUUUGGGCAGCGGUUGUCGCUCGACGAGCAAAACAAGCGGCGACACGAGCUCACGGACGCGAUUCCGCUGCUCGGCGACAUCCAGAUCAAGCAGCCAGCGCGCACGUACUGGCUGCUCGAAGAGAAGGGCGUCGGGCCCGGCGCGACCCACGUCCGCCGCGUCUUCUUCGUCAAGUCGCUCGCCGUCAUCCGCGUCGUGGGCCGGGACUUUGUCGACAAGCACAAGAUCAAGAAGCGCAAGUUUAUCGGACCGACCACCAUGGACCACGAGCUGUCCCUGGUCAUGGCCAACCUCGCUAAGGUCGGUCCCGGCGCGAUUGUCUGCGACCCGUUCGUGGGCACCGCAAGCGUCCUCGUCGCGUGCACUCAGUUUGGCGCGACGUGCAUCGGUGGCGACAUUGAGAUGCAAGGACUCUUCCGGAAGGAAAAUGCGACGAUUGCGAGCAACUUUGAGCAGUACAACCUGCCGUGCCCCGACUUUGUGCAGUGGGAUCUGAGCCAGCGCGUGCUGUGUCCAAAGCCGUUCUGGGACGCGAUCGUGUGCGACCCGCCAUACGGCCUCCGCGCCGGCGCCCGCAAGUGCUCGGCCAAAUCGGCCAAGAAGCCGUUCGAGCUCUACGCGCCGAGCUCCGUGCUCACGGACCUCUUGCAGUGGGCGGCCGCCCGGCUGGUCAAGCACGGCCGCCUCGUCUACGUGCUUGCGUGCAAGACCGACCCGAACGGUGCGUACGACGACCAGCUCCCGACGCACCCGUGCUUGACGCCGCUCCACGUGUGCGUGCAGCCGAUCACGCAAAAGUUUGUUCGGCUCUUUGUGACCAUGGUCAAAGCCAAGGACAUGCGCGCCGAGGAUGUCUCGGUCGCCUCGACGCUCGACGUGGGCUGGUAGACGACAACAACGACAGAGGAGUACGGUAGAUGAUGAUGACGAUGAAGAAGAUAGAGCUUAGGCAUGCAUGCGAGCGGUCGUCCGCGCAAUGAUCGAGA